UGUACUUCCGGGUCUGCACGUAAACUGAACUAUUACAACCAUAAUUUCCAGUACCUCUGAGUGUGGUGCAUAUUUACUUCUUUUUUUUUUCUUCAAAAUGAAGUUAGUCACUUGGAAUAUUAAUGGUAUACGGACGUUCGGAUGUGGAAUCAAAAAGGCGCUUGAUGCACUGGACGCGGAUAUCAUAUGCGUGCAGGAGACCAAAGUGACAAGAGACCUGCUCGAUGCAAGGACUGCCAUCGUUGAUGGGUAUAAUUCCUUUUUCAGCUUCAGUCGAGGACGCAGUGGCUACUCAGGUGUCGCCACUUAUUGUAAGGACAGUGCCACACCAUUUGCUGCUGAGGAGGGCCUCACUGGUCUUUUGACCAAUCAUGCGGGAGCUGUUGGUUGUUAUGGUAACCAGUCCGAGUUUACAGAUGAGGAGCUCCAGCUUUUGGACAACGAAGGUCGAGCCGUUAUCACGCAACACAGAGUCCAACAUUCGGACAAAAUCCUAACUGUUACUGUGAUAAAUGUUUACUGUCCGCGAGCUGACCCAGAAAAGCCAGAGCGAAAACAGUUCAAACUGCAGUUUUACAAGCUGCUUCAGGCUCGAGCUGAAGCUAUACUGAAGAACGGGAGCUCUGUAAUCAUUUUAGGAGAUGUAAAUACCUCACAUCGACCAAUAGACCACUGUGACCCAAAUGAAAUUGAUGACUUUGAGGACAAUCCUGGCAGGAAAUGGCUGAACGGCUUUUUGAGGGACAACAAAGCGUCGCCGUCAGCAGAUUUCUCCCAUGAUGGCGAGUUUGUCGACACGUUUCGCCAUUUCCACCCCACUCGCGCUGGCGCCUUCACGUGCUGGUCCACUCUCACGGGGGCUCGCCGCACCAACUACGGCACGCGCAUCGACUACAUCUUUGCUGACUAUCAGCUUGCCAAGGAGCAGUUUGUGGCAGCUGACAUCAUGCCGGAGGUCGAGGGCUCGGAUCAUUGUCCCGUGUGGGGGGGUCUCCGGUGCUCUCUGCUGUCCAACUCCAAGCCGCCCCCUCUCGCUACCUGCUACCUCCCAGAGUUUGCCGGCAAGCAGCAGAAACUCUCACGCUUUCUGGUUAAGGUGGACCAAAAUCCAUGUCAGACUGAGUCGAAGGAAGCGCUGCCCGGAUCACAGGAAGAAGCCGAAAGGAGGGAGAAUAUAAACGUCACGGCCACCAAGAGAAUCCUGAGGACAGAGUCUGCCUGUCAGACGAGCAAAAAGACCAAAACUGCUAAGACUUCUUCAAAACCACAGGGCAGCCUUCUUGCCUUUUUUAAACCCCAAAAUGGAAAAGCACUUGGUUCUUCACACAAUUCCCUCAAAGCGUGCCCAGUUGAGAACACGCCACAGCUUCACAGCGCCACGCAAAACAAGAUGACACGAGGUGAAGAGACAUACAACCCACGUGACAACAAAGAAGCAUCUUUGGGGUUUUGGAAGUCCGUCCUUCACGGCCCGCCCCCGGCGCCCACCUGCAAGGUUCACGGUGAGCCCUGCGUCUUGCGGACUGUCAGGAAGGAGGGGCCCAACGUAGGGCGCCAGUUCUUUGUAUGCGCCCGCCCUCAAGGGCAUGUUUCCAACCCAGAAGCACGCUGCAAUUUCUUUGCAUGGGUUGACAGGGGAAAAUGACCCUCCAAAAAAGACAACAUUUUCCUAAUGUUUCACCAUGUGUCUACUGUGAAAUUUAUUUUAAUCGUUUGAAUAAAAUUGUGUUUCAUAACAAUUCAGGUCCAAUUUUAA